AUGAAGAUCACUGGACCAUUCAGUCAUGCUACGAUCGCCGCUGUCCUGAUUCCUCUAAUCGCGGGAUCACCUCUAGCAUCGGCACCAAAUAGUUCACCUUGGGAAACUACCACCAAAGAUAUCCUUAUCUCGGAAAUCCAGCCGUUCAACCUGGCUUCCCACGUCGACAACUUGGAAUCCUCGACCGGUCUCUCGAGCAAGCGGAGCAGCUGGUCCACUGGCGUCUGCAAUCAAAUGAAUGUCCAUUUCAAACCAGUAACAGGCGGCUUAUGGCAUUUCAAGGCUGCCAGAUGCGACCGGACUGGAACCGACGUCAACACCUUCACAGUUGAUUGUUUCGGAGGAAGAAACUGGAUUGAAGAACACAUCGACAAACCAGGCAAAUGUGGGCCGAGAGAGUGGUGUGUCGACUUUCGUGGCAUCAACAAUAAAGGCGAUGGAACCAAUGACGUCUAUUGUGUGAAAAGAGCCGAUAUCCACACAUGGGUUGCCAACACCUUCGCGAAUCCAGUGGACGACCACGUGACAUGUAGUCGAAAAUGGACGAACGACAGCCCACGGUCAGCCAAGGCACAAUUGCUAGUCGACGUCAUGGAUAACGCUGGGAAAGACUAUAUUAGUCCCCAAAAUGUCUUCUUCACAAUCAACAAAAAGUGGGUUGGCAAUUCCAAAGGCGGCGACGCUAUUGUUGGAUCUGGAGUGAUAACUAUACCACCUCGGGCAGAUAUCUACGCCUGCGUUACUGCGAUUAUGAAUAAGGGUCAGAUUCUCAACAUAAUGGCCGCUUUGACUUUGCUCUCUUAUGUAUAG